UAGAUUCCAGAUAGCGGUCGUGAUUGAGAGGAGGGAGAGAGAGAGAGAGAGGGAGAGGAUAGAGGGAAACACGAUUGCCAAGUUCCUCUUCCUCUCUCUCUUCUGUGUUCUGCUGCUAUCUUACGAUUUCAGCCCCCUUUUGCACUUAGCAAAUGGCGUUGGAAGCCUUCGUAUCUUCAAUUGAUUGGGAUUUGGAAUCAUAUCCAGCCUACGAGGAUUUCUUCGUCCUGCCCUUCCUCGUCCUCUUCUUCCCCUGCGUUCGGUUUUUUCUUGAUAGAUUCGUGUUCGAGAAAGUUGCAAACCGUUUUGUACUCGGAAGCAAGUUUGAAAAGGUUGAUUCAGAAACAGAAGAGGGAAGAAAAAAGAUUAGAAAAUUCAAGGAGUCAGCUUGGAAAUGCUUGUAUUUUCUUUCAGGAGAACUGCUAUCUCUUUAUGUUACUUACAAUGAGCCAUGGUUCAAAGACACAAGAUAUUUUUGGGAAGGACCUGGAGAUCAGAUUUGGCCUGACCAAAAGAUAAAGUUAAAACUUAAGGCUUCUUAUAUGUUUGCUGCUGGAUUUUACACAUAUUCAAUAUUUGCAUUGAUGUUCUGGGAAACAAAGCGAUCGGACUUUGGUGUCUCUAUGUCUCAUCACGUUGCAACUGUUGUGCUUAUAAUACUGUCUUACAUAUUCAGCAUUUUUCUUCAGUAAACCGAUACUGUAUAAAGAGCUGGUGGUUAGAGUGAACAUGUCAAUAAAGAAACCUACAAUAGGCAUAUCCAUGAGCUGCAAGUGUAGCUGGAGUUUAUAGUGAGCUAUUGCGGAUUACGAAUUGGUUCCCGGAGAAGGAAUACAAUUAAAUUAUCAAAUGUCUUCUGAAAAGCGUUGGAAUAAAUAAAUGACAGUUGUUUCUCAUUUUAUAAAUUACAAUCGCUUGUUCUAUAGGUUUCCAUAACACUUCUGGAAAACGGCAACUAGCUAUGUUGUAUGGAAGUUGCUUGUAGCUUUAAUAAGCAUAGAAGAUAGGUGUGUGUAAAAGCAAAGACAGUACAUCAGCAUAUGAAGUAUGCUAUACUUCAUAUAUCUAUUUGACUAAAGGAUGGCAAAUUAAUAUGAAAUGGCAAGGAUAUUAGAAUAAAGCCUGGUUAAUUGGCCAAG